UUUCAAAUAUUCAAUACACAAUGCGGAUUAAUAUAGACACCGUGAUUUUAGGAGAUAAAGUGAUAUUGAUACCUUAUGAAGAUAUUCAUGUUGAAAAAUAUCAUUCCUGGAUGCAGUCUCAGGAAAUUCAAACUUUAACAGCUUCAGAACCAUUAACAAUCGAGGCGGAAUAUGAAAUGCAAAAAUCAUGGAGAGAGGAUGAUGAAAAAUUAACCUUUAUUAUUGCUGAUAAGCAAAUGUGGGAUGAUUAUGUUUUUGAACCAAACAAAUCAUCACAAGAUGCAACCAGUUCGAACCGGUUAACACCAGUUGGAGAUCAUAUAAACAUAGACCAAGCUUCACAAAGAGAAAUACAUUGCAUUAUAGGAGAUGUCAACUUAUUUUUGAACUGUUAUCCUGGUGAAAAAUCAGCAGAAAUAGAAAUAAUGAUUGCUGAAUCAAACGCAAGAAAAAAGGGAUUUGCAACAGAAGCUUUACGACUCAUGAUAGCUUAUGCCCUUCACUAUUUGAAUAUUACUAACUUCAUUGCCAAAAUUGGUUGCGAUAAUAUCCCAAGUAUAAAGUUAUUUAAAGAGAAGUUCGGUUUCUCAGAAAUUUCUCGAAGUGAAGUAUUCAAAGAAAUAACCCUAGGUAAAAGGAUUGAUCCAGAAUACACAUCAAAUGGUAAAAAUAUUGAAAAUUUUCAUAUUCAGAAAUUUUCCAAUUUACUCUUUAGUUAUAAGAAAUUCAGAGUGAAAUAACUGAUAGGAUGCAAGUUAUUUUACAUGUUGUGUCAAUUUUAUCAAAAUAGGUCAUUUUUUGCGGUUCUGCAUUUUUCCAAGAGCCAGCAACAUUGGCUUUUCAUGCAAAAAACAAUAAGGUUCACUCUGGCAAUUGAUCUUUUGGGUUGUUCAUGAGUUGGAAACGACUAGAUCCUCAGACUGGGUCGAGAGAAGAUGCUGCCAGUCGCGAAUGACAAGAUCAACUUGUGCUUAUAUUUGUCAGUCAUUCGUUCUUUCUUAGCCUAGACCUGGGGGACAGUAUAUGACCCCCAAAAUGCAA